UGGAGAUCGCAGCAAGAUGGACGCGGUCCGGGACAAGCUCAUCGACGAGCUGCAAUGCAUCAUCUGCCAUGAGCAUCUCUACAAGCCGGUCUCGGCGUCCUGCGGCCACACCUACUGCCGGCUCUGCCUCAUCAAGGCGUGCGACGCCCAAGACGGCAACGCGGCCGAGUGCUUGUGCCCGAUCUGCCGCGACCCGAUCUGCGUCUGCUUUGAGAAGCUCAACAUCAACGUCACGCUCUGGAACGUCGUACGCCUCUUCUACCCUAACGAGCCCGACGACGAAGAAGAAGAGAGCGCAUACCAGCUCGCCAAGUCCAAGUACGAAGUCCGGCAGCGCGUUCGCGAUCUCCAGAACGCAGCGGGCGUGCCCCGCCCCGUCGAUGACGGCGACGCGUCCUUUGACGACGAAGCCUUCUCGGACGACGACCACUCGCACGGCGACGACGACGACAACCCGCAUCAGAUUCGAGUCGACCGAGUCCAUGCCGAGGAGCUACAUAUCGUCCGCAAUGUCAUUGUCGACGAAGACGACGAAAAUGUCGACGGCUACCGGGCGAUGCGGAUGGCCUUUAGCAUCAUGGAUUUUCCCAGCGUGCUGGAGGCGUACACGGAGCACCAAGCGUGCACGCUUGUCGUACUACAGAUGGAAGAAGACGAGGAGAUCACGGAGGGAUUUCCAACGUUUAUGGCCGAGUCGGGCGAAGACGACAACCUCGUCGUCACCAACCACUACAGUGAGGUCACGCUCACAGUCCGGGACGAGACACGUCACAUUGUGCUGGAGCGUACGGCGCGCUGUCAAGCAGGCUCCGUGUCUUUUGAAGCGCUCCGACUCGAUGUUCCCGAAGGGUUGUACACGUUUUGUUUUCGGGACCUCGCCUCGAAUGUCUUUAUGGAGAUCGAGACGCUCGUUCGCGACGGGGCGCAUGACGGGUUCAGAAUACGGUCGCCCGUGCGCCGCGCGGCCGCCUCGGGCUUGCUGCAAGAAGCCACGGACCGAUCGCGGCAGCGCGCCAACACCCGUCGCGACUAUGUGAGCGAUGACGACGAUGAAGGGUAUGGCCACGAGAGCGACGACUCGUUUGUUGUCAGCGACAACUACGUCUCUGACGACGAGGUGGACGUACCCGCGUCCCGCGCUGUCGACCUUCGCGACGACGAUGACGAGGGUGGCGAAGAUGACGCGGAUGACGACGCGGACGGUGAAGACGAAGAGGACGAAGAAAUUGUGCAAACAACGAGCCGGAAACGCCCGCGCCUACGCAUGCUGGACGACGACGAAGAGGACGAAGACGACGAUGAAGACGACGACGGCGACAUUCUGCCGACAGCCUCCGCGUCCAAGCGAUCGCGACUGCGCAUGGUCGAUGACGAGUCGAGUGCCGGCGACGACUAAGAACGUAUUUGUCUAGCAGGUUGCGUGACAGCCUGAUGUCAUUCCACGCCAGAGACUUGGUGUCGGCUACUUGGCUACGC